AUGGCUUUCAACACAGCAGCGCCUCCAGAGAGCAUGGAGUAUCGUCAAUAUGACUCAACAGCAAACAACAACGCCACAGUGGACGAGAACGAAAAGCCAGUCUUCUUCUUCGAUAUCGACAACUGUCUCUACUCAAAGAGCCUUGAGAUUCAUAGGAUGAUGGGUGAGCUCAUUGACCAAUUCUUCCAAAACCACUUGAGCUUGUCGCAAGAAGAUGCCAACGAACUCCACUACCGGUAUUACCGCGAAUAUGGUCUUGCCAUCGAAGGACUUGUUCGUCACCACAAGGUCAAUGCGCUAGAGUACAACAGCAAGGUUGACGAUGCGUUGCCUCUGGAGGAUGUCAUCAAGCCCAAUCCAGAACUGCGCAAGUUAAUCGAGGACAUCGACACGAGCAAGGUCCGGUUAUGGCUCUUCACCAAUGCCUAUAUCAAUCACGGCAAGCGUGUCGUCAAGCUUCUGCAGGUUGACGAUCUUUUCGAGGGCAUAACUUUCUGCGACUACGGCUCGGACAAGUUCUACUGCAAACCGCACGUGGAGAUGUUUGAAAAGGCGAUGGCGGAGGCUGAUAUCAAGUCGAACGAGAAGUGCUACUUCGUGGACGAUUCUUAUAUUAAUUGCAAAGCAGCCGAGGGACGUGGGUGGAAGACGGCGCAUCUGCUUGACGAGAACGACCCUGCGCCCGCUCAGCCAGCAAGCAAGUUACCAAUGAAGACAACAAAGCAAUAUCAAACCAUGACUUCAACAACUACCACGAACACAACCCCACCCGCCCCGCAGUCCUCCGCGUUACCCCCAACACACCCCUUCAACACCUCAGCCAACGCAACAACACUCGCCGACCACACCAACCAACUCCCCGUCCUAUCCGGAAAAGUAACACCUCGACGAAAACCACUCCUACGCCUUGAACUCCGUGACUUAUCCUCCGAUGGCGCACGCGCCUUCCUCCGCCUCAUCCACGCGUCCAACGCGCUCGAAUACGCCGUCGACGCCGUCCUCAGCUGUCUCUACAGUGACCUGCCCAUAUCAUGUAUACCUGGCACGCGCUCCAUCACCCUGAUCUUGCGGGAGAUGGACGGCGUUGCAUACACUACGGGACGGGAUCUCGAUGACGACCACAAGGAGAUACAUCUAAACACAAGCUACAUAUCACAUGUACCUGAGUUGCGGCAGAAAGAGGAGAUCAUGGGUGUUGUAGUCCAUGAAAUGGUACAUUGCUGGCAACACAAUGGACAAGGCGCUGCACCUGUGGGCCUCACGGAGGGCGUGGCGGAUUGGGUAAGGCUGAAGGCUGGGUAUGCGCCGCCGCAUUGGAAGAGGCAUGGAGAUUGUGAUUGGGACGCUGGGUAUGAGAGGACAGGAUAUUUCCUCGAGUGGUUAGAGAAGGAGCAUGGGAAGGACGUUGUGAGGAGGAUCAAUGAGAGAUUGAGAGAGAAGUACAAUGGCGAGAAGUUGUGGAAGGGGUGCUGUGGGGAGAGUGUUGAAGAGUUGUGGAAGGCGUAUAAGAAGAGUUUGGAAAUCUGCGGGUAA